AUGCAAUCAGGUCGCCUUCAGGAGUACGAGGUCAUUGGCCGCCACUUGCCCACCGAGGCCAACCCUACCCCGGCCAUGUACCGGAUGACCAUCUUCGCCCCUAACGAGACGGUCGCCAAGUCCCGUUACUGGUACUUCUUGCGUGGUCUCAAGAAGGUCAAGAAGGCCACCGGUGAGAUCGUCAGCAUCAAGGCGAUCCACGAGAAGCACCCCGAGAAGGUCAAGAACUUCGGUAUCUGGCUGCGAUACGACUCUCGCUCUGGCACUCACAACAUGUACAAGGAGUACAGAGAGCUGACCAGAACCGAUGCCGUCGAGUCCCUGUACUCUGACAUGGCCGCCCGCCACCGUGCUCGUUUCAGGUCCAUCCACAUCCUCCGUGUUGUUGAGGUCGAGAAGAUUGCCGACAUCAAGCGCCCCUACAUCAAGCAGCUGGUUACCAAGAACCUGAAGUUCCCUCUCCCCCACCGCAUCACCAAGACCAGCACCCAGAAGCUGUUCAGCGCGAAGCGACCUUCCACUUUCGCUUAG